AUGGGAGGCAACGGCGGCGCGGUGCGCGGCCAGGCGCGGCGGGCGGCCGUGUACGGCGAGGCGACGACGGGGAACGGCUCGGGCGCGAUGGCCAUCCAGAGGAGGCGCGACGAGCGCGGGGAGGCCGCGAGCGAGCACGGCCUCGGGCGCGCCGUGACAGGGGAAGAGGAGAGAGGAGGAGGGCGCUCACGGCGGGGCUUGGCCCAGAGGGCACUGGCCCAGUGGUCAUUGGCCCAUAGGCCAAGGUGGUUCGGGCGCAACGGGCGCCGGGCGUCGGGCGUCCGCCCGAACGGGGCUGGCGAGGGGGUGCGGCGGACGAAGGCCGUCGGGGCGCGGCGAGGCGAGGCUCGCCGGCCGGCCGCGGCAGGCGGAGGCGGGGCGAGCGACGGCGUGCGGCGGCUUGGCCGGAGCAGAGCCGCAGCAGGGGACGGGCAGAGGCGGCCACGCGCGGCCACGGGCGCGUACGGGGGCGAGGGUGCGGGGCGAAGCCAGAGGCCAACGCCGAUGGGAGGCAACGGCGGCGCGGUGCGCGGCCAGGCGCGGCGGGCGGCCGUGUACGGCGAGGCGACGACGGGGAACGGCUCGGGCGCGAUGGCCAUCCAGAGGAGGCGCGACGAGCGCGGGGAGGCCGCGAGCGAGCACGGCCUCGGGCGCGCCGUGACAGGGGAAGAGGAGAGAGGAGGAGGGCGCUCACGGCGGGGCUGUAGGGACGGGGCAGCAUGCUCGAGGUGGGGGAAACGGGGACGGCGCGGACGGAGUGGAGGCAGGCCGGCGAGGGAGCUCCGGCGAGGUCCUCGGGCGAGGGCGUCGGGACGGCGAUGA